UGCGUUUGGGUCGUCAGUCGCGUCGAGUAAGUUGUGCGGUUGUGAUCAAGUUUCUCAUCUGGGUGCAACACAUUGUCGCAUUAAACACGUCGAAAACGAUUCAAAAUAUUCACAACGGCGUAUUUCUUCAACAGAUAUCGUUGCUCUCUUUCAGUGUCGUGUGUUAGUGUUGUACGUGAUGGCCCUGUUUCAAUACUGAAGAGAAAACGACGUAGAAAACGAGCUCUCUCCUGUAGUACCCAACGGCCUCGUUGCAGACAGCAACGAUUUUUUUUUUAGUUUUUUUUUCUUCAAAUCUUAUUUAUUAAAUUCAACGACAACGAAAAUUUGAUGAAUUGAAACGCCCAACUAACCGACCAACACGAGGAUUAUAAUGAGGAUUAGCCGUCUUGUGCAAAAUGGUCAGAGAGACGCGACAUCUUUGGGUGGGUAACCUACCGGACAACGUCAGAGAGGAACGGAUUCGUGAACAUUUCCAAAGAUAUGGUCGCGUCCAGAGUGUCAAACUUCUGCCCAGGAGUUCCAGCAAAGAUGACGAGGCCGGCAGUGGUGUCGGCAGUACGGGCUAUUGUGCCGCAGUGGCGUUUAUGGACAUUAAGUCGGCGGCCAAGGCGCACGCCUCAGAGAACAGUCUCGACGAUCGAUGCCUGGUGACGGAUUACUAUGAACCAUUGUUGGGCGAUCAGGGACGGACGCCCGGCAGUGCUGCUUCAUCCACUGGAUUAGGGUCGAAUACGCCCAGCGGUGGUGGUAGUAGUGGCGGCGGAAGUGCUGGCCGAUCGUCGCAUUUGAUCAACAACAACAGUGGAGGAAGUGGUGGUGGUGGUGGCGGAUACGACCGACCCUCUAGUCAUUACUUUGAGCGGCGCGGCGAUCCGGACGGGUCCGGAUCAUUCCUCCGCCGUCAAGGGCCCGUUAGCCAUCAUUACCGGGAUCGGCCCUACCGCAGCAGCAACGGACCCUUUGUGCGAGAUUGUGGUGGUGAAAGGAAUUCUGGCCAUUUUCGAUCCGGCGCCGGAUCGGUCACUGGCCCGUCGCCCGGUAGUUGGAAUCCCUACGAACCCGUUGGCCCACCUUCGAGUCGUUACCCGCCACCCGACUACGGUGGCGGCAUGGACGAACGUUCGGAACGCAUGUCGCAAACUGACUCGCUGCCCAGCACGCCGACCACUGGCAAAAGGACGGUCCCCACUCUCGCUGGCUUGUCUUCCACCAACAACACCACCUCCUCCUCUAGUGUCAACAACACGCCCCUCUCGGCCCGCAAGAGGAAAUCCAGUCGAUCUCCUAGCCGAUCCAGGUCCAGGUCGGAUUCGAGGACACCACCCAGCAGUAGCAGAAGUCGUUCCAGAUCACAUUCUCCGGCUUCUUCGGCCUCUGUUCCAUCGCGUUCGCGUUCGAGAUCAACGUCGGGCUCUCGGCUUCGAUCGAGGACCUUAUCUCCAGGUGGAUCGAGUUCGCGUUCCAGCAGUCCGCAAUCGGCUACCAGCCGGACGAACAAGACACCCCGUUCCGCCCAAUCGUCGAGUUCUCCGCGAAGUCGAAGUUCACGAUCCUCACAAGGGUCGUCGCGAUCACCCGGUUGGUUAUCCUCGUCGGCUGGACCACGGAAUUCGCGCUCGUCCCGUCACCGACUCUCUGCCGGUGGUUGUUCGACGGCCCUCAUCACAUCGUCACCAGCAGGCCAGCUGUGCCAUUCGGCCGGAUCGACGGGAUCUGGCGAUGGCGACCGGAGGCCGCUGGCCAUUUGUGUCCGCAAUUUGCCGUUGCGUUCGUCCGACACUAGCCUCAAAGACGGCCUGUUCCACGAGUACAAGAAGCACGGCAAAGUGGUGACAGUGAAAGUGGCCGGCCAGGGUUCCGAUCGUGUGGCUAUUGUUCGAUUUAAGAAAGCCGAAGAUGUCGACAAGGCGCUGGAAGUGUCGCGAGACAAACUCUUUUUCGGCUGCAAGAUCGAAGUGACGCCCUGGGACUCUGGUCUCGAUUUGGAUGACAAUGAAUUCCGGCCACUGGAAGCCGACUUGGAUGAAUACCAUCCGAAAGCCACUCGGACGCUUUUUAUUGGCAAUUUGGAGAAGGACGUGACGGCGGCCGAAUUGAGGUCCUCAUUCGAAACGUUUGGGCCCAUCAUCGAGAUUGACAUCAAGAAACAGAGCCAGGGCUCUUCUGGCGGCGCUAGUGCUAGUGCUACGGCUGGUGGGACAGUGACGUCGACCAUCAGUGGCACCAGCAGCAGCAGUGGGGGAGGCGGCGCUGGCAGUGCGUCGGCUUCGGCCUCGUCGGCCGCUAACAACAACAACAAUAACAACAACGCCUACGCUUUUUGCCAGUACGCCGACAUAGCGUCGGUCGUGCGGGCCAUGAGGCAUUUAGAUGGUGAACAAGUGGGCAAUACCCGUGUCAAGCUCGGUUUCGGCAAGUCCAUGCCGACCAAUUGCGUUUGGUUGCACGGAGUGGCCGAAACGGUGGCCGAAAAGUUCUUGGCCCGGCAUAUGAGCCGUUUUGGCCACGUCUCGUACGCGGCCAUCGAUCGCGAGCGUUUCAAUGGCCUGGUGUUCUACGAUCAGGUCAGUUGUGCCCAGGCCGCCGUCCAGGAAUUAAGAGGCCGGGCACUAGCCGGACGCAAACUACAGGUGGAUUUCGCUUCGCGCGAGUGUCAGGCGCACUUUUUCGAGUUGGUGGAACGCGAGCCGAGGAAUAACAGCAGCAGUUCGGCAGCGGCGGCCGCUUUGGCCGUUUCGUCGGCCAUCCAACACAGGCUGCCAUCCGCCACGACACCGUCGACGUCCAGCCGCACAGUUCGCACUCCGUCUUGCAGCAGUCGUUCAUCGACACAUUCGAAAGAGCGGACGGGCUCGUCCAGUUCCAGGUCUCGUCAUGGCGGCAAUUUGAGUCGGGACGAGUCGCUGGAACGUGACGCCGAAAUGAAAGAUUUGACGGGCGAACGCGACACAGAUCUCAUCAGCGUCCGGCGCUGUUCUCGGUCGCCUUCGCCGUGCGAAAAGGUCUCAUCCAUCCAUCGGCACGCCUCGGUCGAACCCGACGUGGCCUCUUCUGGAUCGCCCUACACGCUGCUGGAACGCAACGAACGGACGCGCCGCUACGGCAGUGGCGGCAGCAGUAGCAGCAGCGGAUUAAGUAUGGAUACGGGCAGCGCCACGGCCUUACCAACGGCCAACGGAUCGGACGUGUUCACUCGCAUCCGCGACUUGAGCGAGGAACGUGUUGACGGUGUAGCGAGUAGUUCCGGUGAGGACGAGGACGACGAAGAGGAGGAGGAGGAGCAACAAGUUUCGGAUGUCGAAUCGAGGUCGGCCGCGUCCAAAUCGACGUUGUCCGCGUCGAAGAAAUCAAAGAAAAAGAAAUCAAAAUUGAGUGGAAGUAGCGAUAGUGGUGUGAGUGAUGUUAGCACCAACGAGCCCCUGCCGUCCAGCAUCCAGCAGUCAUCGUCGCUCCUCGGCGGCCACGUGUCGUCUGGUGGCCCGUCGGCGAUCGUUUGCACGACGUCGCAAGCGCCGAAACUGUUGCAACCGUUGAGCCGGCCGAGUCGAAGGGUCUCGCGUCUCUCGACGGACAGUUCGGGUGACGGAACGGCCAACGCCACCACGGCCAAACAUUCCCUGCCGCGCAUCAUUCCUUUUGAGGUGGAGGCACCUUCAACGCGCAAGAGCCGGCAGGAAGGCAGUAGCCGGCCGGGCACUCCCCUCUGCGACGAAAACGACGAGCCGCCGACAGAUCCUCGCAAGGAGCGGCCGGCCCGAGUGCCCAUCGAACGCCCAAUGUCGCUACCGUUACCUCGUUUCGGUUUGGAACUCAACCUGUCGUGUGGCGGCUGCCGCGGUAUCAACUCGUGCAAGACAGCGUCGCAGCAGUCGUGUUCCUCUUCGUCCGUUUCCGCUUCCGGGACGCCAUCUUCAUCGGACGGAACGUUCCGAAUCCCGCACCCGCACGGCACCUCAGUCAGUCCGUCGCGGGCCGCUGCCGUCCCCGGUUCUCCUCGAGGUGGAGCCCCUGAAUCUGCCCAGCAGUUGGACUCUUCGUCCGAUUCCGAAUGCUCGUCCGGCUCUUCUCCAAGGGCGUCCCUGAGCACGACGGCCGUCAGUUUGGCGGAGCAGUUGAGGCAAUGGGAGCAACGCUACGAGCAGUGGUCGACGCGAUCAGCUCACUCGUCCGGCGACGGCCCCGUCGCGGGCCCACCGGCUGCCCCGACGGUUCAACCCGUCACCGCAGUGGCCACGCUGUCGGUGGCGGCCUCUCCGAUCACGGCGGCCGAAAGGUAUCGGACGCGCAAAGCCCGUCCGAUGAGCCUGGAGGAGCUCAAGUCGCAGGAGCCUUCAGAUAUUGUCCGUUGCUUGCUGGCCAAGCACUCGGUCUUUGACGAAGAUCUCAAACGGUUGGAGAGCAGCGGUCGCGAAACGACGACCGCAACCACGCCGACAGUGGCCAGCCCAGCAGUGAACAAAGAGAAGAAAUUGAGUCCAGUAGUCAAUCACGUUUCCGUCCCAGCGUCACCCACCACCGUCAUCAUCACCUCGUCGUCGUCUAACAACAAUAGCCAAGCUGCUGCUGUCAAGGCGCUUCCGCCCGCCACACCUCCGCCGGCCGUCGAAGUCAUCAAAUCGCCGGCCGAACCGUCGCCGAGGACUCCUUCGCCGCCGCCGCUACUACCACCACCUCCGCUGCCCAAUGAAUCGCCACCUCCCUCUCCUCCGCCUCCCCCGACGAACAACAGAGACGAUGACUUCUCUUAUCCAACCGAAGUGGCGAUGGAUGAGGAUUUGAUGGACGAAACGGAUGGCAGUCUGGUGAUUGCUACCGAAGAGGAAGUGCCCGAUAAGGAGGAAAUCCGGGACCCUGUCAAUCUCCCUCCGCCACCGCUUCCUCCGGCUUCUUUACCGCCGCCUCCUCCGCCGCCUCCUCCUCCACCCGCAGAAGCGCUGGAAGUCAAAGAAUCGCCUCCGCCACAUCCGAUCCCGGUGGAUGCGGCGGUCGAGACGGGCGUCGUCGAGGCUCCGUUGAAACCCUCGCGUAGCAACAAACAUGCAGAGACAUCGUCCAAGUCCUCUUCAUCGAGGGAUGUCAAAUCGGGUGAACGAUCUCGGCAUUCUUCCAGUUCGUCCCAUCGCAAAGACAAAUCCAGUUCCUCAUCCUCAUCGUCCUCUUCUUCGUCGACUUCGUCCAAAGAGACGCCCGUCAAUAAAAUGCAAGAGAUUGUCAAAACAGAACCAACGACGGCGACGAUGGCCGUCGAUCCGGCCCUUGCCCGACGCAAGUCUCGCGAAUCGGGCGAACAGACGGCGACCCCGACAUCCAACGACACGGGGAAACGUCGCCGAAGCGUCGAUGCUGGAACGCCGUCGAGCAAACGAGUCAAGUCGGAGAAACCGGAGAGCCGGGAGAAGGAGAAGAGUAGCAGCAAGACGUACGACAAGGAGAACAAAGAGACGGCCAAGUCGUCCACCAAGUCGGAGAGUAGUCGUCGUGAUUCGUCCAAAUCGCACUGCUCUUCGACGACGACGACCGUCAGCAAGAAGCCGAAACCGGAUGUGGAGACGAGCAGUUUGAAACCCUCUGUUAAGAUAGAGGCGGAGAAGAAAGCGCCGCGCGAAGAGUCGGACAAGAAGAGCAGCAAAUCCAGCAGCAAUAAAAAGGAUAAGAAAGAUAGGAAAGAAGAUCGUGAGAAGGAUCGAACCCGAAGACGGGAAGAAGAGCGAGAGCGUGAAAAGCGUAAAGAAGAAGAACGUGAGAAGCGAAAAGAGGAAGAAAGGGAGAAGAAGAGGGAAGAGGAAAUGAAAUUGAAAGAGUACAAGGCAAAACACCAGUCACCGGCCAGCGCCUCGUCAUCGCAUCGACGACGGAGCGAUGGAGAACGCAGCAAAUCCUCUAAGAGCGAACACGUAUCUCGCAAGCCGUCAGCACCUCCACCGCGGCCGAGCUUGCCCAGCAGGAAGAAAUCGCAAUCGGAUAGCGAUAGCAGCAGCAGUAGUAGCAGCAGCAGUGUGGGCGGUAGAGUUGGCCGUCACAGCGACGACGAGACUCACUCGUCGAUGAUGAGAGAUGGAAGCAAAGCCACCAGCGACGAGGAUUCAGAUUCCAAUCAUUCCAAUGACCAAGAGAAAGCCGACCGUGAGCUGGCCGAGUUUUUGCAAAAUGAGCCCACCUAUUUCUCCAUGUACGACAAGGUCAAGGCCCGCUCUCUCAAACUCCAGCAACAGAAGCGGCAAGAGGAAGAACGCAAGACGGUCCAGCAACAACAGCAGGACAAGUUCUGUGCCCUCCGUCAGGCCCGUUUGGCGGGUGGGUCCGCUCCUACCAGCAAAAGGGACAAGGACGGAAAGAAGAACGCGUGGGAUUCGUCCGACUCGGACUCUGACGGACCUGUGCGUUCCAAUCGACCCAGACCUGUGGCAACGGCUUCUCUAUUAUCGUCCAACUCUGUUAAAUUAUCGUCGUCAUCGUCGGAAGAGGACGAGCCCAUCAUGCCAUCCACCAAGUCGAAAGACUUUUUGUUCGAUCAGCCGGAACCCAAGUCGGUUAAAUCUCGGAUACAUCCGCCUGUGUUGACGCCGUCCAGUCACAAGUCCAAGCCUUUGCUCUCAUCAUCCGACACGGACAGCGAGCCCGAAAUCAAACCGGCUCCUAAACCCAAAGUACGCGCGGAACCAACGGCUGCCAUCGUGAAACGAAGGCCGAGCAUUCCGGAGAUCAAUCGGACGCCCGUCGAGACGAAGAAGACGGUCGAUCGGUCCAACUCGUUACCUGUCAAGAAGAGCAAGAAAGACACGUCCAGCAAAUUGCAUCACUCGAAUUCCACAUCGGGCAAACUGAGCAGCCGAGGCGAAGAGAAGAUGGAGAACAUUUUCGGCCCGUUGUCGGACGAUUCGGAUGACCAGCAGCCGAUCGCUCGCGUCCCGCCGACUCCCGCGCCGCCGACGGUCACAAAUGCGAGGUUGCCGAUUGUCUACAGUUCGGAUUCGGAUUGCGGACGGAUCGCACCGCUCGUUCCCAAGCCGGAAAGUCUACCGUCUCCACCGCUGACGGACAAGGCGGACAAGAGUGGCGACCGGCAGCGCAAGAAGAAGUCGAAAGAAUCGCAUUCCAGAGAUCGCAAAAAGUCUGGAUCGAAGGAGACUACGACGACGACGACGAUGGAAACGAGCAACCAUCAUCACAAGAGCCGGCCGACCAUCGAAGCUGUCAAGGAACAGCAGCACAGCGAUGCGGAAGAGCUGCAAGAAGCCGGGCGAGCUCUCGAGUCGAAGCUGAUGGAGGAUUCUUUGAUCGCGAUCGCCCAUCUCGCCCAAAAGGAGAAGGACAAGAAAGAAGCUGAAUCGAAGAUGAUUGUCGCCCAGCCGGCCGUCGUUGUUGUGGCUGCCGAUCAGCACAAGAAGAAGAAGAAGAAGAGCCGCAAGACGCACCGUGAAAACGGACCACCACCACCACCGGUGACGAUCAAAACGGAACCGGGUCUCGAUUUGCCAUCGCCCGUCAUGACGGCCCUGAGCAUCAAAACCGAACCGAGUGAUACGUGUCCAGCUCCAAUCGCUUCUUCUUCGCCGAGAGUCAAACCGUUGCCGGACGUUGUCUAUCGUCCGGAACAUCAAACGGUGGAGCCCAAACUCAGCAUGCCGUCGUUGUUGUGGGAACCUUCAACUUCUCCAGUGUUGUCUAAUCUACCAGUCGUCCCACCACCACCACCACCACCGGUUGUUCCAGUUGAAAUUCCGACUCCGGCCGUCGUGGCCGAACCAGCUGCCCGACCGGGUAUUUGGAAGCAGGAGACGGAAGAUGCCGUUGCCGGUCUACUAACGGAGACGUUUGACGAUUUCAAAGAAGAGAAACUGGACGAUGAACCGGAAGAACCGGUUGAAAUUCCCGAUCCGUCAUCGCUGAUCCGGCCGGCGUGGCCGCCCGAACAAGAGGAGUCUCCGCAACCCAAUGAAGAGGCUCAAAAGGCCAUCCAGAGUCUUCAAUGCGAGGACGAUUUGGACAUGUCGGACGAGAUGAUCAUCGACGAAGCUGGAACGAGCUCAACUGAGGAUACUGCUGGACCGACGGAAUGCCCAAUCUAUUCCGGCUCCAGUUCCAGCGAUGUAGCCGAAGUGGAGAGUCAGCGCUCGGCGGCUCAUUUGUCUGCCGUCAGUAAACCAGCGGCCGUUGAGACAGCACCUACCCCUCCACCAUCUCCGCCGGAAUUGUGCAUCGACGAGACCCGCUGCCAGCCGGAGAACGAGUCCAGCCCUGUCAAGGAUAAACCGAGGACUCCUGAUAUUAAUCUUUCUUCGAAAUCGCCCAGGACUCCUGAUUUGGAUCUAUUGGAUCGUGGACGGACGGCCACUCCGGACUUGCCGUCCAUGCCCGUCAUCAACAAUGUCAUCACGAAACCUGACCAGCAUUUCGUGGCUCAAAGUCCUUCGAAACGGACGAAGAAACCGAAUCAGACCCCGCCGACCAGAGGUGGUCCGCGACGCGUUCGCGGACGGACAUCGGGAUCGAGUCGCGGCGUCAGUGAGAGCUCGUUGGAAGGUCACGAUGCCGACGUCUACGAAUUCUACGACACUGAAGAGGAAGUGACUCCACCUGUGGCACCAACCGUGCCGGCCGUUUCUGCCCCACCACCUCCUCUUCCACUUCCUCUAGCAGUUGUAGCUACUCCGCCCGCGAUCUCUGCCGCACCUGAAACUGUUGAACACAAGACGUUGGAGGCCAAACCGGAAGAGAAGCCUGUCGUGGACUUUGUGGCAAAUGUUCAAGAAUCUCCUUCGAUCAAUCAGCACAUUUUGAAGAAAGAUUUCGAAGGGCUGAAAGGCCGGUUGAUUGAUCCUAGGACGACGAUCGACGACACGAUCGAAACUGUUGUCCGGGGUCAUCAUCAUUCACCUGCGGUGGCGCUGGCAACGCCCGUGAUGCUUGCCGCCCCGUCCAGCCCGAGAAUUCAAUCGCCGAGGGCUUCGUACAUGAGCGGACCCCAACAGCGAGCGAUAGCUGAGACUCCUGGACCGGCAGUGAUGAAAGUCGAACUGCCGCAGCCUUUGAAGGAAACGGCCACUCCACUGGUGGAUCCAGUUACUGGACAUUUGACGCCCAUCCGGCGUCCCGACGAUCCGCUACCCACUCAACACGCUGGAGUCGUCGUUCGAAGGACCGAAGAGCCGGUUGCGUCGUCGUCCACGGUCGUUCUCAAUCUGAGAUCGGGACCGUCUCAAGCCAGUCCAGUUGUCCAGCAUUCGACUCAGCCGGCCACGACGACCCUCAUUCCGGCAUCGUUGGUCAAAGUGCCGUCGCCCACCACGUCGGGCGUAGCCAUCACGACGGCCAGCGUACCGGUCGUGACCAACUUGACAACGCCAUCUGUUAGCCAGCACAGCAGUUCGUCGUCUUCGGUGACGAUCACGCCGACUGUCACACCGGCCUCGACGGUCCUAGCGCCGAUGCAGAGCACAGAAGUUGCCCGUUUGCCUUCAGCCACAGUCGUUACGCCCGUUCCCGCACGUCCGGCCGCUUCGUCCGGAUCGAGUUACCCGGCAGUGCCACUCACGAGAGACGCUCCUGCUCACGGAUUGCUGCUGCAGCAGCAUCAACAACAACAACAGAUGCAACAACAACAGCAGCAAGUUCAGCCUCAAGCUGGACCGAUUCAACAACAGGCCAUCCAACAACAGCAGCAUCCCCAACAACAGCAGCAACAACAACAGCCGCAGUCCCACACGCCGCAAUUGCAAUUGCCCGCCGGUGUGCCGGUUAGUUUGAGCGGUGGCGCCACUGUCAUCGCCGUGGCUAGCAGCGGACGAUUGAGCGGACCAGCCCCACUUCUGGGCCGACCAACAAAUGCAACGACCCAACAUUCGAUGCAAAACCAAUCGACGAUGGGAAGUACGGUGGUCAUUGCCAGAGCGACCGGCCCUCAGCAGCAACAGCCGGCCAGCAGGACGCAUCCAUCAAUGGCCAGCGUUCAAGCUGUUGUGCCUACUUUGUCCGGCCUGUCGUCCCAACCUCAACGACCUCCACCGGCCGUUGUGACACUUUAUUCAUCUGGCGCCUACUCUUCGUCGUCUCAACCGGGUCCAAUCGUCUCGACACCUUCGCUGACCCGAACGCAAGUCUCGUCGUCGUCAUCAUCAACCGGUUCGAGCGUUUCGGUUCUACCGGCAACAUCUCGUCCACCUCUGACGUCGUCGACGACCACCAGUGGCGUCUCGGUGUACCCGAUCUACGGACCGAGGUCCGAUUCGAUGCCAACGACGGUGACAUCAGCCCCUCCGGUGUUUGGGUCACCAAUGGCGAGUGCUCCGAUCAGAGUAUCCGUCACGUCGGUACCUACCAGUCGGGCCACGUUGUCGACGACGGUUGCAACACCGUAUCGGCCGGUUUACGCAUCCAACGAACCGCCAUCGCACCACUUUGCGGCGUAUCAGCACCAUCUAGUCCAGCAACAACACUCGCCCAACAUCGCGGCAGCAGAGACGAGGAGCCGAGAAGAGACUGUCCGUCGAGCCAGUACUCCUUCGCGAGAAGAGACGGACGUUCGCCAAUUGCAACAACAACAACAGAUUCAACAGCAGUUGCAACAACAGCCAAUACAACAGCAACAGCCCAUUCAGCAAUUACAACAACAGCCAAUUCAACAGCAGUUACAACAACAGCAACAACCGAUCCAGCAACAGAUGCAACAACAACAACAACAACAGCCGAUUCAGCAGCAAUUACAGCAACCGAUUCAUCCAAUGUUGCGCGAACUACCUACACCUCCACCCGCCCACCAACAUUCUCCAAGUCAGACAGACAUGUCACGUGUCAACCCGCAGAUAUUGUUGCAACACCAGCUGUAUCAGCAAUAUUACGCUCGCUAUCCCGAUUUCCCGAGAAUUGGGACGUUUUCUCCCGGUCCGGCACCGCAACACGCACUAAAUCCGGCGGAAGCGGCCGAAUUGCAACGCGAUCCGCGCGAACAACGGGCUGUUCCACCGCCAUCGUUGCCGUCUCAUCUCAGAGCGUUGGCCGCUGGUGGUGAACACCGUACCACCGAAUCGCCAUUGCAAGGCUGCGUGGCAGUUCCAUUCUCUGUGGCCAAUACCAACGCCCAGCAGCAGCAGCAACAACAACAACAGCAAAUGUACCAACAGCAUCAUCGUCCGUCUUCUUCCGGUUCGGCUUACCAUCAAACGGCGACGGGUCACAUGCAGAUGGCACCACCCUCACCGUCGCACCAGCACCGACAGACGCACGUCUACGCUCACGAAGAAGGCAGCGGAUACCGUCCGUCUCCUCCGCCCGCCCAUCUCAGUGGAACUGGAGUCAUGCAGCGCGUCAAUCCGCCAUCUCAGCCCACCCUGGCCUGUGAGGCUCCCUCGCCUGCCACGUCGUUAUCGGUUCGGCCGCCAGCCAUUCGGACCCCACCACACGCGUCGCAGGUCCCCCCUCAAGCCGAUUCGUUGGUUAGCCUCCUGCAACGCUAUCCCAUCAUGUGGCAAGGUUUGAUGGCUCUCAAGAACGACCACGCUGUCGUCCAGAUGCACUUCAUCUCGGGCAAUCCUAUGGUGGCACGAGGAUCGUUGCCGUGCAGUCCCGAAGGCCUGGCUUUGCCCUUACGCAUUGCCCAGCGCAUGAGAUUGGAACAACAACAGUUGGAAGGCGUGGCGCGUAAAGUGCAAAUGGAGCAAGAGCAUUGCAUCCUUUUAGCUUUACCUUGCGGACGGGAUGCCAUGGAUGUCCUGCAACAGUCCAAUAAUCUUCGACAGGGAUUCAUCACCUAUCUGCAAUUGAAACAGGCGGCCGGCAUUGUUAAUAUUGCCGCUCCUGGUUCUCAGCAGCCGUCGUACGUUGUUCACAUCUUUCCGGCUUGCGAAUUCGCCAACGACAGUUUGGCUCGUAUCACGCCAGACCUCCUACACCGCGUGACUGACAUUGCCCACCUGCUCGUCAUCAUCGCCACCGUUUGAGAUCCUUUAACAUACUCCUUCAAGAAAACACACACACACAAAAGUAAAUAAUAAUUAAAAAAAAAAAAAAAUAUAAAAAAUAAAAAAAAAUAAAAAAACCGCAUAGUUCGGAGAAAGGAUAAAAAUAAGUGGAAAGGAUCCGGAAGAGAAUCACACACUACCCUUUAAUUGUGGUCUUUUUGCUCAAUUCAUUCAGAAUCCAGCCCACUGUCUAUCUAAACUUUACCUUUCUCUCUUUUCUUCAUUGUUUCACCGUUUUCUUCUCGUUAUCAUAUUAAUCUAAUGUACCAUUUUCUCUCUCUCUCUCUCUCUCUUAUCAACACAUAGAAUGUUCGUUUCUGUCACACACUGAACUUUAAAUUAACGUCGAGCGAGUGUGUCGCAAAACAAUUUGAAAAAUUCCUCCUCCCUAUUGACUGUAUGCUCGUGUGUCUUUUCUUCAUAUUAAAAAAAAAAAACUUUUGUUCUUUCAUCCCGCCCUGCUCCGGACUGUUGUGUAAAGACGCCUUUCUUUUUUUCUGUUGAUUUUGUUUGUAUGUUUGUGUGUGUCUUGUGUGUAUGUAUGUAUGAGCGCAUGCGUGCAAAACCCCAAUCAUUUUAAAAAUUGUAUAUGUUGCAACAACAAAAAAUCAACAGUGUCAUUGACGUGAAUGAAUAACAAUUUACCUUUUUUUGAGUUCACCGAGUCUGUGAUCUCGCGCCGCCGCAUUGAUCCCUCCGCGCCGUGUUUAUAAUGGAAAUGAAUGGAUCGGUAUGAUUUUUUCUUUCUUUAUUGCAAUUGCUCUUUACUCACACACACACACACACACACACAGGCGUAUUUUUUUUCUCUUUUUCUUCUGUUUUUUUUUUUUUUUUUCGUACAGCCCUCCCCCCCACACAAUGUAAAUUUUAUUCUGUGUCUUGAAUUUCUCGGCCACAAUUUUGUCAUCAUCGAUUUACGUUUUGUACCAUAUUGUAUGCUAGAAAGAAGAUUGGAUUUCACAUUCUGGAUAAAAGAAAAAAAAUGAAAGCCCAGCAAGAAGCAUACGCCCCGGAAUUCAUCCGUCGGGGUAAUCGUUGUAUAGAGUUAACACCAAUUCAGUACGCCCUUGUAUUUGUACAUAACUCAGUGGUCAGCAUGUAUAAAUACAUGUUUAUAAAUGUUCCA